UCACUUCUUGCGACCGCCGCCGCCAUCGUCAGCGUCGACGGGAGCGUCGGGCGCCACGGCUUGUGUCACCGCCUUGGGGGCGGACUCUCGCUGUCUCGAUUCUCCGGCAUUGGUUGCGCGCGGAGCGCGCGAAUUUCGCUUUUCAUCUCACUUUGACCGCUUUCCCUCCUACUUUCUGUCGUCCUUGCUCUCCUUGCAUCAUACCAUCAUUGUCUAUCCGACCAUCACCACAUAUGGUGCCUGCAUAAUGCAUUGCUCAUCUAUUGGCUAUUGUACAGCCCAAGCGCCACCUAUCAUCCAUUGCGCCAUCAUAGCAUCGACUGCUGAGAUAUCAACCGAUCUUGUAGCAUGCCUGGAGGAACAACAUAAAUAUAACCUUAUGCUUCGUGCAUCUCCGCGCGCUCGAAAUCAAGUUACAAUACCCCCCUCUCGCGCUGGUUGAACCACCCGUGUCUAACACGGGUUGCGUUAUUAGUAAUAUAGCCCGGAAAGCCGGUCGGAGUUUGGAGUUCAUCUCUUAAUCUUCAACCACAACCUCUUGUCGUCGUUGUCGCCUACGACCGCUGCCGCCGCCGUUGUCGUCAGCGUUGACGGAAGCGUUGGGCACUCAGCUCGUGUCAUCACUCUCCUCCUUUGGCAGCUUCAAGGCUUCGCUGUCCGUACUCCUUCUCGAUGCGCGCGGAGUGCACCUCCUUUCGGGCGGCUUCCUAUCUCGUUCUCUAUAAUCGCUUCUCCAUCCUGCACUACAUAGGCAGUGCUCUCUUUUUCCAUGGCCUCAGCAUUUCUGCCAUACGUUGUACUGUAGCAUCGACUCUCCCCUAGGACCUGAUCUGGUAGUACAACGAUAGGCAUGUUAGUGACAAUAUAAUAUAGGCAGAUGACACAAGCACUUGAUGUGUAUCACAUAUAGGGCCCGAAAUGCUUCAUGCGUGCCACGAUCAGUAUAUAUUGCUGUGCAUUCAGCUCCUUGUCCCCCCUCCCUUUCGCUUUUCCACGCUGCCAGUCCACUCCGAUGACCUCUCAAUCGAAGCACCAUCAGCGAAAGGCGAGCACUGUGAAAAUCAGGACAUUGGAGCUAUCAGAAGUAGAUGUGCCCCAACCUACUCAGAGUCGUCUUACUCGAUACCCUGCAGCGCCGGAUCAUCUAGAACUAACUGCCUCACAACCUCGUCGCACUAGCAGUCGUGUUAUCCAAUAUGGUGCUGACAGU